AUGACGUCGGCCAUCAGUUUGGCGGAACCGAAGACGGAAGACCACACCAAGACGGUGGAGCUGCAGAAGGCGCUCGAGCCGUACAACGUUUUUGAGGACGAGUCCAAGCUGAACCACCGGAUGGAGAUUCUGUCCAAGCUGAACACGCUGGUCAAGCAGUGGAACAUGCCGGAAGUGCUGGCCGAGAAGCUCGGCGGGAAGAUCUACACUUUUGGGUCGUACCGGGUGGGCGUUAACCACAAGGGGGCGAAUAUUGACGCGCUGUGCGUGGCGCCGCGCAACAUCGAACGGCAGGACUACUUUGGGUCGUUCUUCGAGCUGCUGAAGAAACAGCCCGAGGUGACAGAGUGCCGCGCCGUCGAGGAGGCGCUUGUGCCGGUCGUCAAGAUGAACUUAGACGGCAUCAAGAUUGAUGCGCUGAAGGAGAUUCCGGACAACUUGCGAAGAUAUGCUGCUGAAGAAUCUGAACUCGACCUUCCACGUGUCUAG